AUGAGUGAUUCAAAUAGUAACAGUAAUAAUAAUAAUAAUACUAAUAACAACAACAACAACAAUAAUAAUAAUAAUAAUAAUAACACUAAUAAUGAUAACACAAGCAUUGACCAUACUCUCACAAAUGAUAAUAAAACAAGACACAGGCGUAAUACUAAUAUCGGCGUUACUGCUGAACAUAGAAAAAAGAGCAGUAAUUUUGUAGCCAGGGGGGGAGGAAGAGGCAAUUUUAUUAGCGGCACUAAUGAAAACAACCACACAUUUAGUGAUAGGGGCGGUAUGAAUGGUAGAGGCAGAGGUAGAGGCAGAGGCAGAGGCAGAGGUAGAGGUAGAGGGAACAUUAAUGGCAUUGGUUUUGAAUCUAAGGGAGGACGUCCACGUAGAUUUUCUAACAAUUUUAAUACCAAUGCACAUGAAUCUAGUGUAGACCAUCCUCAUCCUUAUAUCCGUAAAGAUGAUAAUAUUAAGGCUAAAGAACACGUGAAUUUGGAUCAGAAGAAGAUUCAAAUUAUAAAGGUUAGUAAUAAUCCUAGUACGUACGGCAAAGUGCAUCAUCAUGCUAAAGAUAAUAAUACUAUCUAUCCUGGUUCUUCUCCCAAUACUGUUUAUGCGCAUAAUCAUAAUCCAACAUUUCAAUCCCAAUCCAAUGAAAGUAAUCUAAUUGAAGAGCAUCAUUCUCGUCGUCCUCGUCGUUUUGGUAAAACAAAUAAUGGUAGUUACUCGCACAGAUAUAAUAGUAACAGUAGUAAUAAUAACACACAUAAUCAUCCAUCCAAUCAUGAUCAUGAAUUUCAUAUUUCUAAAGAGCAAAAGAGUACGGAAAAGAAAGAAGACAAGGAAGAGCAAUAUAAGGAAAAUAUGCCUAUUGAUAAUACUAAUACUAAUACUAACAGUGGAAAUAAAAAUAUUAUCAAUACCAAUAGCGACAAUAAUGAUAAUACUAAUAUUGGUAGUGGUAAUAAUAAUAACAAUAAUAAUAAUAAUAAUAAUAAUAAUACUCACGACACUAACAGUAACAUUAGUAGUAAUAAUAGUUAUAAUAACAAUAAUAACAGUAAUAAUAAUACUCACGGCACUAAUAAUAACAUUAGUAGUAAUAAUAGUUAUAAUAACAAUAGUAACAGUAAUAAUAAUAAUAAUAAUAAUACUAGUAUUGAUACUACCACCGCUGUUUAUGAUGAUGAUUAUGAUAAUUACAAUAAUGAAGCUUUAGAAAAACCUACCAAACCACAAAAUACUGCUGCUAAGAAACCAUUAGCUCCAAAUAAAAUCUCUUUGGAUGAUUUGCUAAGAGACGACUUUUUUGAUCAUUCAUGGAACGAAGACGAAGUUGAUAUUAAUAAAAUUAACAUUGCGCCAACUGAAGAUGAACUAAACAAAAGGCGCACUAAGGAAGAACUAGAAGAUGAUGGUACCGUUAAAAUUCCAUUUAAGAAAAUUAUCGUUACAACAAGAGAUGAAUCACAUCGUCCAAAAGAAGAUGAAGGACCGCCAUAUGUUAUUAAAUUGGCUAAUUUGUCCCCAAGUUUCUGUGCACAAUACGUGGAUGAAUAUCUAAUGAAGCCAAAAAAUAUUGAGUACGUUAAAUUGAAAUUGUUUUGGGAGUUGAAUACUUCUUCACUGUUUACAAAUAAUCUUUUCUAUAAAAACGUUCCUAAUGUGACAACUUCAAACGAUUACCAAAAUAGUGAAAAUGUUGAUCCGAAUGAUUAUUUUAAUAAGACCUUUAAUACCAAAUGUAAAGUUUGCUUUGUAGAAGUACAAACCUUUGCUUAUAUGAUCAAUUCGUUGUCCAAGUUUAUUCCUAACGAAUUCAAUGCUGUGGUGUCAAAGGCUGUUAUCACCGAUUUUAAAAACUACAUGCUGAAACACCAAGAAUUGGCCAAUAGUGGUCCUCACUUGAGCCCCGAUAAAAAUCCAGAUGUUCCAGUUGGUAAAUUUGAAGUUCCAGAAGCUUUGAAGAAAAAAUUAUUAGCUCAUAAGAAAAAUAAGGAUGAUGCUGUCAAUGAUACUUUAAGUGACUCUAUAAAUAAAUUAGAUAUAAACAACGAUAACACAAGUAUCGAUGACAACACUAUUCAUAAGGAAAAAAGUGAUAAGCCUAAACUAACAUACUCUCAGGUUUUAGCCAAACGUGCCGAACCUAAAAGUGUGCUGAAUAACACCGAUGAAGCUAAUAAUCCUAAUAAUUAUAUCGCAGACACCAAUAAUAAAAGAAUUUCUUCAUCUCAAAUUGGUCCAAGUGGGUCUCCAACAUCAGUUUCUUCACCGCCUCUUAUGUUGUCUCCACGUUUGUCAUCCAACACAAAUUUAACUUCUAGUACCAUCAAUAACAACAAUAGCCCUAGUAGUACAGCUAGUAUUAAUCCAUUUUUCAAUAGUAGCAGUGGUGCUAGGAAUAUCAAUUCAUCCUAUAUUAGUACUAGCGGCAAUAGUAAUAACUACUAUUCUACAAAACAAAAAUCUUUUGGUUCCCAGGCAAAUAGAAAUACAAACAGGUUUAGAAAUGAUGGUGGUGUGAAUAGUGGAAAUGGAAAUCGUGACAAUAGAAAUAGAUUCAAUAAUAACAACGGUUAUAAUAGGAAUAGUCCAGAUAAUGGUAAUGUUAGUAAUAAUAGUGGCAACGCCAAUAAUAAUAUGUCUUUUGGGUUAGCGUAUACAUUUCUAGGUUCUUCUACCGGUAGUAAUGGCAGAAAACAUAAAUAG